GCCAGCUCGUCCCAAGGCAGCUCCUCGGGACUCUCGGUGGUGAAGGUGCUGAGCAGCAGUGAGGUGGCGGCCCUCCCGUCCUCCAGCGGCACAACACGGAGCAGCUCGGACGAAUCCCGCAAGCUGGAGCAUCAGAAGAAGCAGGAGAAGGCCAACCGGAUCGUGGCAGAGGCCAUCGCGCGGGCCCGAGCCCGGGGCGAGCAGAACAUCCCCCGGGUGCUGAACGAGGACGAGCUGCCCAGCGUUCGGCCAGAAGAGACGGGAGAACGCAAGCGGCGCCGGAAGGGCGGGGGCGAGCGCAUCCCCAAAGAGGACCGGCCGCGCAAGGGCAGGGGCCAGGGGGGAUCCGGCAAGACCAAAGGACGCGGGAAACCCAGCACGAUCACGCCAGUUGUGGGGAAGAAACGGAAACGGAACCCUUCUUCGGACAAUUCAGACGCCGAGGUGAUGCCAGCGCAGUCUCCGCGUGAGGAGGAAGAGGCCAGCAUCCAG